AUGUCUUUGCCAUCUUCCUACAAGCGUGCCGUGUUUCGAGAGGCUGGGGACUCCCUGCAUGUCGAAGAGGUCGAGUUGACGAUGCCUGAAGCUGGCGAGGUGCUAGUGAAGGUGGAGGCAUGUGGUGUUUGCUUUUCUGAUCAUAUCCCGCAAGCCUAUGGGGCGAAGGGAAAAUUCCCCGUCGUUCCUGGCCACGAAAUAAUUGGGCAUGUCGCUGCGAUUGGGGAUAAUAUCUCGCAAUGGAAGAUUGGCGAUCGCAUCGGUGGGCCAUGGCAUGGAGGCCACGACGGCACAUGUCUCUCUUGUCGCAAGGGUAACUUUCAAAUGUGUGAUCAGGGCAUCAUCAAUGGAGUCACGAAAGAUGGCGGAUAUGCCCAAUACUGCCUUCUGCGCGCCGAGGCUGGGGUUCGCAUCCCAACGCAUGUAUCUGCCGCUGAGUAUGCUCCGAUCUUGUGUGCUGGAGUGACAGUCUUCAACUCCAUGCGACGCCUCAAUAUCCAGCCUGGAUCAGUCGUUGCUAUUCAAGGACUGGGCGGGUUGGGCCAUCUAGCCAUUCAAUAUGCGAACCGAUUCGGAUUCCGAGUGGUGGCCAUCUCUCGGGAUGCUCAGAAGGAGAAGUUUGUGCGAGAACUGGGAGCUCAUGAAUACGUCGAUAGCAGCAAGGAAGAUCCUGCUGAGGCACUGCAGAAACUCGGCGGUGCGGCACUUGUCGUCGCGACAGCGCCGAACGCCAAAGCCAUUACGCCGCUGAUGAAGGGACUUGGGCCUCUUGGAAAGUUACUUCUCCUCGCUACUGCGGGAGAGGUUCCAUUUGACUCGUUGGCAAUGAUUUCGAAGGGUCUUUCUGUCCAUGGAUGGCCCAGUGGACAUGCUCUAGACUCGGAGGAGACUAUCCAAUUUACCGAACUUGAGGGUGUCAAAUGUCUGAUCGAGACAUUUCCUCUAGAAAAGGCUAAUGAAGCAUUCGAGGCUAUGGUCAAGGGAACUGUGCGAUUCCGCGCGGUGAUCACGAUGGAUUAG